GUGAUGGUGAUAAUUUUAAUAAAUUUGCAAUGGCGAACCCCCUGUUAGGAAAAUUGGAUUUAGACGAUGUUUUGGUCAAGUUUAAAGUGUACGAUCGUUAUCAUGGAGUGGCACUAAUAUCUCUGACUGUGGCACUCAUGUUCGAAUUUGUAUGGUAUUGUAAUCAUGUCAUUGUAGCUGAGAAAGUGGGGUACAGGUGUAAGGAGCCAACUAACAUAAGUGAAAGCUCAAAUAAUAGUUAUAUACCGAAUCCAACAGUAGAAUGGUGCAAAAAUCCUGAGGCGUGUCCGGAAUGGGUGUAUGAUAAUCCAGACAGUUUUGUUGCUGAAUUUCAGUUGGCAUGCCAAGACUGGAAGAGAACUUCAGUCGGGAGCAUGCACAUUGUAGGAUACAUGUUUGGGGUUCUCAUUAUUGGACCGUCGUCUGACAGGUUCGGCAGGAAAACCCUGGCUAUAGUAACAUGCGUAGCAGGCGGGACGCUGGGAUGCAUGAAAAGUUUUGUCACGUCAUACUGGCUAUACGUAGCUCUAGAGUUUAUGGAAGCGGCAGUCGGUGACCCUAUGUCUCCUGUAUAUAUGCUAGCUGUAGAAAUGGUGGCAACCAAGUCACGGGUCAUAUAUUCGACUACAUUCAUGACGGGUCUUGGUAUAGGAGGAAUUAUAUUCUCCAUUGUUUCUUGGCUGAUUCCCUACUGGCGAACAUUGCUGAGGGUCAUAUACGCGCCUGGACUACUCGCCAUAUUUUUCGUCUACUUACUUGAUGAAAGCCCAAGGUGGCUACUAACCAAUGGAAAGAAGGAGGAAGCUCUGAAAAUAAUAAAAAAAGCAGCAAAACGAAAUAAAAUGAAAAUAGAAGAAAAUUUAAACAAUAUAUCUUAUGAAGUUAACAAAGGACCCAGCUUUGCUUCAGUAAUAAAAGACACGUUUACAUCUAGAUCUUUACUAAAGCGAUUUUUCGUUUGUGGCAUAUGGUGGGCGUCAGCCACUUUUGUUAAUUUUGGAUUGAUUGUUAAUUCUACGUUAUUAGGAGGCAACAAGUAUAUAAAUUUUGGACUCUCAGCUGCAAUGAAAAGUUUGGGAAUUCUAUUUUCAGCAUACAUAAUUGCAAAGUAUCAUAGAAAAGGCCCUUUAAUAUUCUGCUUCGUGGCUUGCGCCAUCCUUUGUACUGGACAACCGUUCUUACCAAAAUAUCUUUGGCUCGAGAUAACCAACUACAUGGUGGGCUUACUUUUAUCGUGUGCAAAUUUUUGCAUCAUCUACUUAUUCACCUCUGAACUUUUUCCUACUCAGUCAAGAAACUCCAUGCAUGCGUUGUGUUCGGCCGUCGGAAGGAUAGGCUGUAUGUUAGCACCACAAACGCCAUUAUUGAUGGCGUACUGGUCAGGUCUGCCAACACUGUUGUUCGGGGUGGUGUCCCUGAUCGCCGGACUCGCCACGCUGCUCGUGCCGGACACCGCGGACCAGAGUCUGCCGGACACGGUCUACCAGGCCGAAAAAAUUGAGGCUAAAAUCUUGACAGAAAGUCGGUCUUAGUAUAAAAUUGUGCACGUUUAA